AUGGAUAUUGUGUUAGAGAUUACGGACUACUACUUGUUUGACAGAGCCUAUGCCUCUUUGCUUCCAAAGGGAGGAGCUGUCCACCAAUAUGUCGAGAAGGCCGCCUCCCUGGAGUUGGUGCAGAAGAUCCCAUUCUUGGGCCAAACCAUACCCAGCGAGUUGUCUGUCAACGGUACAAGUAGUGCCGUCUCCACCACAUUUGCAUACUUGAGUAAUGCAGUUUCCAACUUCCAGAACAAAGAAGAGGUUUAUGGUUUGCCCAACUUCUUGCCUGCGUCCGAGUACAUAGAUGCAUCGUUCUUGUCCAGAUCAAACAUAUUCAGGGAAGUGCUCUCCAUAUUCUUGGUGACUGCUAUCUUUGGAUGGGUGUUGUACUUCACGGUGGCAUAUUUGUCUUAUCUUUUUGUGUUUGACAGAAAGAUCUUCAACCAUCCUAGAUACUUGAAGAACCAGGUCUACUUGGAAAUUGUGCAGGCUUCCACGGCCAUCCCCGUCAUGGUUUUGUUGACCGCACCAUUUUUCAUAGCCGAACUUAACGGCCUUUCAUGUUUAUACAUGGAUAUCAAUGAGUCUACUGGUGGCUGGAAGGCGUUACUUUUCCAAAUCCCUGCCUUUAUUUUGUUCACUGAUUGCGGAAUUUACUUCAUUCACAGAUUCUUACACUGGCCAUCCGUGUACAAGAGAUUGCACAAGCCUCACCAUAAGUGGAUUGUGUGUACCCCAUUUGCAUCACACGCUUUCCACCCAGUCGAUGGAUGGUUUCAAAGUAUUCCCUACCACAUCUACCCAUUGCUUUUCCCUUUGCAUAAGGUAUUGUACUUAUUGUUGUUCACGUUUGUGAACUUCUGGACUGUUAUGAUCCACGAUGGUAACUACAUGUCUAAUGAUCCGGUGGUCAACGGUACUGCGUGCCACACUGUGCACCACUUGUACUUCAACUACAACUACGGACAGUUCACCACUUUGUGGGACAGAAUUGGUAACUCCUACAGAAGACCAGACGAUUCUUUAUUCGUCAAAGAUACCAAAAAGGAAGAGGAGGCUAAGUUGUGGAAAGAACAAACCGUGCAGAUGGAGGCCAUCAGAGGAAAGUUAGAGGGCGCAGACGACGAUAGGGUCUAUAUCGAGUAG